AUGACAACACCGCCCUGGAGAGCUGCUGGUGGAACUGCUGUUCAAAGACCAAGCUUCCACCCAGUACCUGUCCGUAAAAAUCUCGGAAAAGCUAAUAACAACAAUGCUUACUCUGUUCGUCAUCCUAACCAUCGCCAUCAUCCGUAUCCUGCGGUGAAAGCCAAAGCGAAAAACUCACAUUACCAUCACGAACAGGCAUCUCAAGCUUCACAACAGCCAGCCCGUCGAACACAGUUUCCCGAUGCACUCAAAGCUUAUGUUGCACGAACAUUCGAGGACUGUCCUUCGGAGAACAAAGCUGAGGUCGAAGUGUCUCUCAAAAAGAUUAUCACGGAUGCCUUUGAGAACAAGUCAGUUUGGACCAUAGACUGGGCCACACACCCGCUUCCCGCCGCCGCUCGCCGACAAUCUACAACAAAUUCCGACAAGAUGGAUAUCUCUUCCGGCGACGAUGCAAGCCCGAUUAUCAACACAAACAAAAAAAAUAACUUUAACAACGUAUCGAAAGGAAACAAACGCAAGCUGAGUAGUAGAAUCGCAAGUGACAAGAAUGACUUUAAAGUCACACGACCCGAUAAGAAGUACAAGAAGACGAACGCCAGUGACUACUCUGAUGAAGGCCCAGAUGCUUUUAAGAAAUUGGACAGCCGCUACAGGAGACAUCAAACCAAGAAUGUGUUCAGCCAUUACAAUGCUAUGCAUAGUGCCCUUGAUUCCCCGGCCUUUGCUCCCAUCGUCGGCAGAGCCACUAACUUGGAGAAGCGGUACUUGAGGUUGACUUCAGCACCAGAUCCGGAUACUGUCCGGCCUUUGCAUGUUCUGGAGAAGGCCCUGGAAUUGCUGAAGUCCAAGUGGAAGGCCGAAAAUAACUACUCGUAUAUUUGUGAUCAGUUCAAGUCCCUACGCCAAGAUUUGACCGUCCAGCAUAUAAAAAAUGACUUUACCAUCAACGUUUACGAAAUCCACGCUAGAAUUGCGUUAGAGAAGGCGGAUUUGGGUGAGUAUAACCAAUGUCAAUCACAGUUAGCCAAUCUCUAUUCCGAGAAGAUUCCCGGCGGCCAUCCACACGAGUUUAAGGCCUAUCGAAUUCUAUAUCUCCUACACACUUGCAACAGAUCCGAUAUGAAUGACAUACUAGCAAGCCUAACCCCAGCAGAGAAAGAAGACCGUGCCAUAUUGCACGCACUAGCAGUCAGGAGUGCCGUCGCUGGCGGUAAUUUCCACCGCUUCUUCAAGUUGUAUCUCGAUGCACCGAACAUGGGGGGAUACCUUAUGGACUCCUUCAUCGAUCGCGAACGACUUGCUGCCCUUACUGCAAUUUGUAAAUCGUACCGUCCCGACAUCCCCUUCCGCCAUAUCACCGAGGAACUGGGAUUUGAAAAUGACGCCGAAUGUGAAGCUUUUCUUGUGAAACACAACGCUGGCAAUUUUAUCAAGACUAAAGAGAGUGCUAAGGACGACGGAAUCAACAAGAUAGUCCUUGAAACUGCCAAAGCUCUGCCGACCGUCGAGGCAGCAAGAGCCGUUGCGUUCAAGAAAGUUGACAUCAAGGGACAAAUCUGA